CAGCCCACAUGGACAAUUGACAGCCAUGCUUAAACCGGGCACCACCAAGGCGGGGCUGCCCAGGCCGGGUCUGCAGGUGAGGCAGACCUCCUUGACGUCCCCUACCUCCACCUCUGCAGCCUUGAAGACCUCCAGAUCUUCCAACACGAUGGCUUCAGACCAGCGCCUCAGCAGGCUGAAACGAGCCAGCAGCGAUGAUGCCUUGACAAAGCCUGCUAUUGGAGCAGCAGCUGCCAGCUCCCGCAUGAAGAAGACCAUCACUACUGGAGGGAUUUCUGAUCUGGCAGAGGCCCGUCCUCGCAGCCUUUCAGGUGUACAGACAAACAAGAAGUCUGGAAUCCCUGCUCCAAGAGAAAUUCCCUCCAAAGAUCGGGUUUCUCUUAGAGAUCAACUAAGGAGUUCCUCGACUAAAAGAAUUGUUACCAGUUCCAGCACCUCCAGCCUCUCCACUCUGGCAAAGCAGACCCGUAGCUCCACAAAGUCCCGUGCAGAUGCAGAAAGUCAAGAAAGAGGCCUCCUGGAGAACCAGGUGAAAGAGCUCCUUGCUGAAGCAAAGGCAAAGGAUUUGGAGAUCAGCAAUCUGAGAACAGAGUUGCAGCGCUGCAAGAGUAAAACCUCUUCUCCUUCAUCUUUACCCUCUCCCAGCUCUCUUUCCCACCAAGAGCAUGCUGCUGAUCAUGAGCAGGGACAGAUGGCUGAAGCCCUUGUCCAGGUUGGCGAGCUCAGGGAGAAGAACGGAAGGUUUCAGAGAGAGUUAGCAGCACUAAGGGAAGAGAAUCAGACACUGAAGGAAAGGCUGUUUUGCUUAGAAGCAUUGCCUCUUUCUAAUAAAAACACAAGCUCCUCAUCUGCUUCCUUGGUGAAUGGGGUUCCUUCAAACCAUCCAGCAUCUCCAAAGGACAAACGCGUCUCUAUUGCCAGCCCACUCAAAACCUCUGUCUCGUCCGGCUCGGAUGUUACCAAGGAGUCACCUUCACCAGACUCCUCAGAGUUUGAGAAGAUCCCAUCCCGUUCAGAAUCAGGGAGCAGUAGCAUCAGUGGCGACGCAGUCACAGUAAACAGUUCUGGAGGCCAAGAUGUGUCGGUGCAAAAACUAACAGAACAGAUUCACAAGAUGGAGGAGAACCAACACAGCACCGCAGAAGAGCUGCAGGCAACACUGCAGGAGCUCGCCGACCAGCAACAAGUGGUUCAGGAGCUUACUGCUGAGAAUGAGCGUCUAGCUGAGGAAAAACGUCUUCUGCAGACAUCGCUUCAGCAGCAGAGAGAACGUCUGGAGGUGCUGGCCCAGAAGAAUGAAACGCUUGCUCUCAGACUUCAGGAACAAGCGCAGGCUCAGGCCCAAAGGGAUCAGGAGAUGGGAAGCCAAGGGCCUCGGCUGGCAGAGCUGGAGCAGAGGUAUGCUGAGCUGGUUGAGAGCUCUCGAUUCGAACGUGAAAAACUGGUGGACAUCCAGCAGCAACUAACGGGCAGCUUGAGGGCUUUAGAAGAGGAACACCAGGAGGCUCAGGGUCAAGUCCGCCACCUCAAGGAGGAGCUGGACAGUUUACAGGUUCAGCUGGACAAGGAGGCAAAAUGCAGUGGUAAAGCAUCACAAGCUGCCGAGGAACACAAAGCAACAGCUGAGGGUCUCAGACUGGAAAACAGUCGACUCAAAGCACAGGUGGACAUUGAGAGGCAGAAGAUCGGGGAGCUGAAGGCCAUGCAGAGUGCCAGUGACAGCACCGACCUCCAGAACCUGCUGGAGACUGCCCACUCCGAGAGAGACAGGCUGGAGGUGGAGCUGACAGAGCUGAGAGAGGAACUGCUCAAGGCCCAGGCUGAGGCCGAGCAUGUGAGAGCCACCAUGUCAAAGGUGGAGGCUGCCUGCCAGCAGGUUCAGGAGAAGGCUGAGAAGAGAGAGCAGGAGCUGAGCCACCGGGUAACUUCUCUGGAGGAAGCUGGAGUUCAAGCGGAAAACCAAGUGAAGGAAAUGAAGGAGACAAUCUUUGAGCUGGAGGACCAGGUGGAGCAGCAGAGGGCUGUCAACUGUCACACCAACCAGGCUGUCCUGGAUAUGGAAAGUAUGUACGAAUAA